UUCUUUUCUUUUUUUAAAAUCUCCAGGCCCCGGAAACGCGCGGAUGUGCACAAUGACGGGCCGCGACGCGAGUUGAUGCUGCGCCGCCGUCCGACAGCCGAACGCCGCGGAUCGUCCAACGUCCUCUCGGGAUUAAUGCGCAGUGUGUCCGCGCCGCCUGUCAAACUCACAACUAUGUGUCGGAAAGAGUCGACUGGAGACAUUUGUUGAUAUUUAUCGAGUUUGCUUCUCUCCUUUCUUCUUUUUUUUUAAUCCUCUGGAUUACCGCUGCCCAGCAACAACAGCCACCUGACAACUCCAAAUGUCGUAAUUAAGGUGAUGAGGCAACUAUGGAGACCAAAAAACACCAAAGUUUCUUUGAUGGAAGCGAUGCAGAGAACAAGUGGUCUCAGGUCCCUCUCACCAUGGAGUACUGCUGCAGUGCAGAGGAUCCAGAUCUAACAAGCACUGACAUCCUGAUGGACAUUGUCAAUGUCAGCUGCCCUUCUGGAAGCCCACUCACUGACUGCAAAGACAAAGACGUGAAGCAGGAGCAGCCAUUGCUUCGGCUAAACCAGAACCAGCCAUUUGUCCUCCCGUGCGUCAACAACUCUCUGCAUGCUCAUAAGCAGGAAAUGGACUCUAAGGAGCUUUCCAAGACUGUGGCUGAGUCCAUGGGCUUGUAUAUGAAUGCUGCCAGAGAGGCAGAUUUUGCCUUUAGCCACCAAGGCAGUAGUGCCAGCCCUGGGAAGAUGUAUCCAGUGUGUGGACGGCCCCUGGAGGAGAACCAGUGUGGUAUCACCUGUAGCCCCAAUUUAAAGCCAUUUGGUUUCCAACAGCCAAGCACCACGAUUACAGAGUGCGCUCCAGGCACUCCAGUUAGCUCAGCUCCUGUGCUGGGUUCAUCUCUGUCCUGCAGUCCCCAGAACUCCAGCUCUAUCUCCAGUCCUGGGGGGAGUUAUAAUCUGGUGUCAUCUACCACAAGUCCCCCAACAUGCUUUGGACCGAUGUGCUCUUCAGUGGGCAGCCCUGUCAGCCAGACUUCUUGUGUUCCAUCUCUGGCUAAGAUCAAGCGCAGGAAUUCAACCACGUGUAGCCCUGUUGAGUCCAGCACAGUGGGCUCACCACCGCUAACCAGUCCUCUCAAUGUCAUGAGAUCCCCCAUGUCCAGCCCUCAGAGCAUGAGUAGUGUGAGAUCCCCUCCGUCUUGCAGCACUACAUGUAAUAUUAGGUCAUCUGUCUCAAGCCCAACGGGUGGCACCACCAACAACUGCAACAUAAUAAGGCCCUCGAUCUCCAGCCCGGCCACAGGGGGCUCUAUGGGUGUCAACAGCCCGCAGAACCCGUCCUCCGGUGGGUUUUCUGCAUCUAGUCCUGUCAGUGGACUGGGUUUAGUACAGAAUGAUACCAACAGCCCAGAAGCAGCAGGUCUGACUCGAGACCCGGACUUCAAGAACUUUGAGUUCCCUAAAGUAGAGGUGGUAGAUGGGGAGGUGUUCAGUGUAGGCCUAGACCAGAUGGGGAUGGUUAAGUAUAUUAAGAAAGAGCCUGAAACUGAUUUCAGGAGCAUGUGCUUAGGUGGCUCUAAGUGUAAUGUGAGUAGUACAUCCUUUAUCACGCAGAUAAAGAGUGAACCCAACAAAAAUGAAGGGUGUAUGAAUAAACAGCCCUUUGGGGAGCAGUCGCCAUCUCUUGGCCUAUUCCCUGCAUCCGAGACGACCUAUUUAUCUCUGAGGAAUAACAUUGACGAAUACAGUCUUUCGGGCAUUUUAGGACCCCCUGUUUCCUCUAUAAAUGGCAACUAUGAGUCCGAUGUGUUUUCCAACACUGUCCUGUCUAAAGGGGUGAAACAGGAGUCGAAUGAUGGCAGCUAUUACCAAGAGAACAACAGCUUGCCCACAUCGGCCAUUGUUGGAGUUAAUUCCGGUGGACACUCAUUCCAUUACCAGAUUGGAGCGCAAGGAACAAUGUCCUUCACACGGCAUGAUGUGAGGGACCAGUCCAACCCUUUGUUGAAUCUAAUUUCCCCUGUGACGGCGUUAAUGGAGUCAUGGAAAUCUCGGCCAGCCAUGUCUCAAGGGUCGCUGUCGGCCAGAGGUGAUGUAUAUCCGGGUCAGAACUGCAUCACGGACAGCUUGCUGAGGCAACCAUCCUCAACGGCCAAAGUGUGCUUGGUAUGUGGAGAUGAGGCGUCUGGAUGUCACUAUGGUGUGGUGACGUGUGGAAGCUGCAAAGUUUUCUUCAAAAGAGCCGUGGAAGGUAUGGAAAGAAAAAGUCAGCACAACUACCUGUGUGCCGGGAGAAACGACUGCAUUAUUGACAAGAUCCGACGGAAAAACUGUCCAGCCUGUCGUGUAAGGAAGUGCCUGCAGGCCGGGAUGAACCUUGGAGCACGGAAGUCCAAGAAGUUAGGAAAGCUGAAAGGAGUCAGCGAGGAUCUGCAGGGUUCUAAGGAUGGCCAAACCGGAGGAGUUGGAGGCAGUUACUUGUCCUCAGAGAAGGAACUGAACGCCAGUGGUGCCAACGCUCUGGUGCCUCACGGUCCUGGGGUGGUUACACCUUUUCUGCCUCCGUCCAUCAGCAGCGUGUUGGAGCUGAUCGAGCCUGAAGAGGUGUAUUCUGGCUACGACAACUCGCAACCCAACACCACUGACCACCUGCUGUCCAGUCUCAACCGCCUGGCCGGAAAGCAGAUGGUGCGCAUGGUGAAGUGGGCCAAGGCACUUCCAGGUUUCCGGGGGCUGCCCAUUGAGGACCAAAUCACCCUGAUCCAGUACUCGUGGAUGUGUCUGUCUUCUUUUAGCCUCAGCUGGCGUUCUUACAAACACACCAACGGACAGAUGCUCUACUUUGCCCCUGACCUCAUCUUUAAUGAGGAACGCAUGCAGCAGUCAGCCAUGUAUGACCUGUGUGUGGGCAUGAGGCAGGUGAGCCAGGAGUUUGUGCGGCUGCAGCUAACGUAUGAUGAGUUCCUCUCCAUGAAGGUCCUGCUGCUGCUCAGCACAGUUCCCAAAGAGGGUCUAAAGAACCAGGCGGCGUUUGAGGAGAUGAGGGUUAAUUACAUCAAGGAGCUCCGGCGUUCAGUGGGAAAAGCAACUAACAACUCUGGCCAAACCUGGCAGCGCUUCUUCCAGCUCACUAAGCUACUGGAUGCCAUGCAUGAUCUGGUGGGAAGCUUGUUGGACUUCUGUUUCUACACCUUUCGCGAGUCCCAGGCCUUGAAGGUGGAGUUCCCUGACAUGUUGGUGGAGAUCAUCAGUGACCAGAUACCAAAGGUGGAGUCAGGCCUCAUUCACACAAUCUACUUCCACAAGAAGUGACUCGCUGAAGUCGAGACUGAAGAAGCUUUAAGAACUAGAAGAUGCGAAGAAGGCGAAAAAAGGACAAGAAAAUCUGCAAGAAGAGCCUGACCCGUGGUCUGUACCAGUCGCCCCGGUAACCCAGCAUCCCAGAGUUGGAUGGGACAAAGAGUGAGGUAGAAGCCAGUACAACAGUACGGGGAUGCAGUCACCUCGAGUGGGUCAGAGCUGUCAGCAGAGCAGAGUGUGACACGCCGAGAAAGACUUGUGACAAAUGUGGCAAAGUAUCCCGAAUUCCACCCCGUCCCCAAAGACGUUAACAGUAUUUUCUAUGGAGAUAAAGCCAUACAUUUCUUAGGAUGCGCUAGAUGCUUUGACUACACAGAUUCUCACAAAGACACGCUGUCCACGACCUCACGUAACACGCACAGAUGCACUCCGCAUGCACUAAAAUCAGAUUACUUUAUAAAUCUAGAAAAACAUGCAAAUGUCAAAUGUGGCUUAUUCAGUCUCUCAUAAAUAGUAAUUUUUAAAAAGCCAGUUGUUAGAUUUUGCUUUGUGGUGUAGCAUCAUACUGUAAGAAAACAGGGCAAAUGUAUGGAAGCUUGUUUGUGCCAUUGAAACAAAAGUUAAUUACAGAAUGAUAUACAUGUAUUAAAUUUAGGGGUUUAAUUAACCCAUACAAUUGGAAAUCUGUUUUAAAGUAAUAGAUAAGUCUACAUUAAAACAUCGACCCAUGAAUUGAUAUAAAUGUACUGAAAACCAAUUCAUGUCUGGAUUUUUAUGCUAUGAAUCAGCUGAGAAAAUCUUGUUUUGCUGCUACUGCCGUGUCUUAAAGGCUCAUAGGUUGGCAUGAGGCUCUUGCGAGACUGGUCAUAGCAACAUUAACUUUGUGAGGUAAAAAUAAAAACACUUCCUAUAGUGGUAGGCAGAAUAACAUAAAUGUUUCAUUCACAACUCAUUAAUACAGGCAUAACAGUUCUGAAUAGGAAAGAAAUUCUAUACUAUUCAUCCUAUACUAACUACAGCUGCCGCCUUCUUGUGGGUUUCUUGUUCUUUGCUGCUCUUUCUGCUACUGAAUGUGGUGCUGCCUCCAGUGGUGAACAAAAGGCGAGCACAGGCAGCAUCUGCCUUCUGAAGCACAGUAGAAAAACCUGAAGGAAGAUCUCUGGUUUUCAGUGAAAUUGGUAUUUGAAGGUAAGCAAUGCCACAUUUGGCUAAUUCGAAUUUAUAUAGAAAAUGAAAGUCUACAUUAAAGAAAGAAUUAUAUUAGAUGGCAUCUUAUAUUGACUCAAAUUGCCACAACGAUAAAUAAAAAGCAUUGUUCUUGAAUCAUUUCCUAGCCCGUGUAUCUAUAGACAUCCUUUUAUAAGGACGAAAUGCACACCCCUAACAAAAAUAUGUAGAAAAAUCCCCAAAAAUAUGAUUAAAACACAAAACUAUUAAGAUUACAGAGAUUUGGCUUUCUAAUUUUAUCUUUCUAAGUCAUAGUUAUGAGAUAUUUCAAAAUUGACUUUUUAAUCAGUCAUCAUUUGGAUAUUUUUAAAAUCUCAUUUAAACUUUUGAGUUUGAAUCCCCCCCUCCCCAAGCAGAACAUUCCAAAACUGUCCUUUUUGUUGUUCUAUGACAAAAACAGGUUUCCAUACAAAAGACACUUUGAGGAGGUGCGGAAAUUCUCAAAGGUCUAUUUGAGCAUGUUCCAAGGGCUAUAAGUGUCACCACAAACUGAACAGUAAGCUCUUUCGGCUUCUCCCUUUUUCACUUCGAGUCACCACAGCAGACCAAUACAACACCUCUGAGUCUCGAUCAGCAUUACACCUUCAUUUUGCAUCGCUAAUUUCAUUUAAAAAUUAGAAUGUGUAGUCAUAAUCAAAACAAAUAUGCAAAAGUCUAAAGCUAAAGCUGUUUUGAGACAAAAUGUCUCUCGAGUGGAGUUCAUGUGAAGAUCCCAUGCCAUAGAAUCACUAUUUUCGACAUUGUGCUGUAGAAUUUAAACAAUGCGAAUGAGUGUUUAUCUUUUACCGCAGGACAUGGUGCAUUGAAGUUAAAAGGAUUUGGGGACGAUGUAACGGGUCUGACGUGCAUCCAAACUCAUCGCUGUCAUGUAUGCUAACUCCAGAGCAGCUGUGUGUUUUUACCCACAAAUACACAAAACCAGCCCUUUGUCAACUGACACUUUACUCGUCCCAGAAAUGACAUUUUUAUUUAUUAAAAAUUAUUUUCAAAAAAAAAAAAAAAAGUGUGUUGCAAAGGUCUACAUUUGACCAGCCAGUCAUUCUACAUUAAGGUGCUUCGUUUCUACAAAGCCAGGCGUAACAUGUACAGUGACGUAGGUGGCCUAUGUACUAUGCUCCAUUGACGCAUUUAGUCCAUGUUAGUCUGUAGAGUUGAUAUAACGAAAAGCGGAACAUUACUCUGCAUUGCUUACAGCAAACGGCUAUUGUAUCAAAAGCAGGCAAAUGUGUACAGGAAAAAACAACAAACAGAAUCUCUCCAGCUGUUGUACAGGACAUGUUGAGGGGUAUGUGUUUAGGAAUGCUCCAUUAAGAACUGACAUUAGCAUGAUCACCUUUUUAUUAAUUUCUCUUCUUGUUGGGCCAAACACUAUUUUAGGUAUGUUAAGGCCGAACCAUCCAGACCAUUCACUCAUCCCGUGCCGCACUGCUUUCUGGGUAGUUGUGAAGCACUAUGAUGAUGCUACUGAUAAAAGAAAAGUGUGACUUUUUUUUUUGCCCUAUGAGUGUGUAUUUGUGUUCAUUGUGCAAGCGUGUCUGUUUCUCUGGCAAGCAUGUGCUCCGCUGAUCUGCUCAGUCAGCAUGGAGAUUAUAUUUUUACGUGACAGGAUUAGCCAUUUCCUAUUUCCACAUUUAGAUUUGCACAGGGGAGAUGAUGUGAAAUGAGGCAUUACCGCAGCGCGCAGAAUUCGCCCAUUUUCAUAAGCGCCCAGGAUGUCACCAACGUGUUCGCCUCACUGGCAUGGCGUCACAAGCGCAUAACGGCGGUGCAUGUAGAUGGACCAGAAAGGCCUCAUUUUGCACUCAGUCUUCAUUGUGUAUUAUUGAGUUCAAGUUGUAACGGAAGUUAAAGCUAACCUUUACACUGUUUUUUUUUUUUCUUUUGUUUUGCCCCCCCUCCUUUUUUUUUUUAAAAAGAAAAUACCUGUGUAAAGGUUCAUAGGAUGAAUGGGAAAGUAUUUUUGAGAGAAUUAUAUUUUGCUGGAAAACGAUAUUUAAGUACUUUGUCUAAAAAAUAUCCUUUUUGUAAAAUGAAAUGUUAAUGCAUGCUUUUUGAUGAGAUGUUUACAUCGUAUUUAAAAAAGGGGAAAUGUGCCUUUUUUAAUCACUUGAUUUACAAUUUUACAGUGUAUAUUGUAAAUAAUGUGAGUCUUUAUGUUGAGUACAGUAUAAACAUUUCUAUUUUAA